UGUAAAAUAACACAAACUGCUUGCUCUAACUAGUGCGGCGCCAUCUAUGUAAAAGAAGACAAACUGCGUCUUCAGUACACCAGUGAAUAAACAAAACAAACAAAAAACAAGCCAAUGCAAUCCAUCCGCGCGAAACGAAGCACGCGGAACGACGUUCGUGCGUGUCUUGGUGUUCUUGUUCUCCCAUUGACACGGCUGACACCAUCACACCAUGGCCUAUUCAAGUAUUCUUUCGGACCCGUACUGUCUAGCCUUGCUCAGAUCUGAUGAGAUAGAAACUUUGUUGCUGCUUCAACUGCUUGAACGAAAACCGCGCCGUAGGUUGUACGCGUCAAGAAACGGCCUCCUCGACAUAGAUGCCAUGCCGGGCCAAACGUUUCGCCGCCAGUUCCGCUUCGAGAAGAGGGAUUUUUCUGUGCUCGUCAAAGCGUUGCAGCUGCCCGAGUACGUGACUAGCGCCCAGGGAGUGCGCGUCUCUGCUCGCGAAGCCCUAUGCAUGUGCCUACGCCGACUGGCGUACCCCAACCGCCUGUGUGACCUGCAGGAGUAUUUUGGGCGCCACUACUCGGUCAUUUCGAGCGUGUCCAACAAAGUGAUGCUGCACAUCGAGACGAAGUUUGGAUUCCUCCUGAACGACCUGACCUGUCACCAGUGGCUGACCCCAGCACAUCUGCGGGGCAUGAGCGACGCCGUCCAUCGCAAGGGGGCUCCACUACAAAACUGCUGGGCCUUCAUUGAGAGCACUGCGCAACCCAUAUGCCGGCCUUCGGAGGACCAACAGAUCUACUUCUAUGCCCGUAAGGGAGUCCACGCCUUGAAGUACCAGGCCCUCAUGUGCCCAAAUGGGCUGAUCUGUCAGCUGGACGGUCCCUACCCAGGAGGUAGGCACAAUGCUGGAAUCCUUCGUGAGAGCCAGCUGUAUGACAAGCUGGAGCAGCUGGUCCAAGGAAGCGAGUUUGCAGUAUAUGGGGAUCCUUCCUAUCCUCUCCGCCUGCUCCUGAUGACACCCUACGAAGGAUCAGAGCUGACGAAGCCACAGGAGGGGUUCAACGCAGGGAUGAAUGCCGUGAGACAGGUGGUUGAAUUGGGAUUGGGGAAAGUCGUGGCCCAAUUCGCCUUCUUGGACUUUGGACAAAAUCAAAGGAUGCUACUGCAGACGGUGCCGCGGAUGUACAAGGUCGCUGUGAUCCUUGCUAACUGCCAUUCCUGCAUGUAUGGCAACCAGGUCUCGACAUACUUCGGCCUGGAGACACCUUGUCUUUUCGAUUACUUGCAACCGGCUGGGCAGUGAAACCAGGUUUUAUUGUUUAUUCAUUGGCAUUUUUCAGGAACCAUAUUUUUUUUUUUACUGCCUUGAGCUGUGUUUUGCAGGCUGCUUUGCUCCUCUUCUUGCCGCAGCUCACCGGCCUGUAACUGCAUUUCUUGCUCACAUAGCUGAGACUUUUCCAUUUUCUGUUCUUUUAGUUCACACUUUUUUGCCAUCUUUGUAGUUUUGCCUGAAGGUGUACCUUCUCCAGUGCCAUACAUUCAAGCUCCCAUUCUAGACUCCCUCUCCUUGAGGUAACUCUCAUUCCGCCAAAAAGUUAUCUCGUGGUUCACACUUGGCUCCGUCGCUUGUGACCUCGUUUUCCUGCAAAAUUACAUUUGAUGUGCUGUUUGGCAGACUAAAACCACAAACCAGCGGCAUUGUGUUCUUUUUUUGCCUACAAGUUAAUAAACUGAUUAUGUAGUC